AUGAAUUACGUCUCGGACCAACUCCUGGACACCGUCCUGGACAGCGGGUACCUCCCGCACGCCGUCAUCCGCGUCGGCAUCCGGCGGCAGCUCCGCCAGCGCCUCGACGAGAUCGCCUCCUCGUCGCUGGGCGACGCGCUGGACCGCAAGAUGGAGUACAUCGCCACGUCGCGCGCACGGCCCAUCGCCAUCGAGACCGCCUCGGCCAACAAGCAGCACUACGAGGUCGGCACCGGCGUCUACGUCAACACCCUGGGCCCCAGGAUGAAGUACUCGUCGUGCCUGUACCCCAAGGGUACCGAGACCCUGGGCGAGGCCGAGGUCGCGAUGCUGAGGGCUUAUGUUGAGAGGGCCGAGCUGAAGGAUGGCAUGCGGAUCUUGGACCUGGGCUGUGGCUGGGGCUCGGGCGCGCUCUUCUUCGCCGAGAUGCUGCCAAAUGCCAAGGUGACGGCGUUUUCCAACUCCAAGACGCAAAAGCAGUACAUCGACUCCAAGGCAGAGGAGAAGGGGCUGAAGAAUCUGAAUGUGAUCAGGGGUAAUGUGGUUGAUUAUGAGUUUGAGCCUGAGUCUUUCGACAGGGUCGUCUCCGUCGAGAUGUUUGAACACAUGAAGAACCACGAGAAGCUAAUGGCAAAGGUCUCGAGGGCUCUGAAGCCUGGCGGCAAGUUCUUCUUGCAUAUCUUCUGCCACAAGGACACGCCCUAUGAUUAUGAAGAUGGCUGGAUGACCACGCACUUCUUCACCGGAGGUACAAUGAUGUCCUUCGACCUGCUCCUGUACCACCAGCAGGAUUUGAAGAUCCAGAAGCAGUGGUGGGUAAAUGGAAACCAUUACUCCAAGACCUGCGAGGACUGGCUCUCAACGAUGAUUAAGAACCGGGAGAAGCUGUGGCCUCAUUUUGAGGAGACUUACGGCAAGGAGAAUGCAUACACGUGGUAUAGCAGGUGGCAGAUCUUCUACAUGGCUUGCUCUGAACUGUUCGCAUUUGACGGAGGCGACACUUGGGGUGUCGCACAUUACUUGUUUGAGAAGCCCCAGCAAUGA